CGGGGAUUUCCCGCCGGGAGGAGCAGCCCGGGCACAUUCCUGGCGCGGAGCCUCCCUCCGGGCAGGGUUUGUUUUCCCCGGGAGCCCCGGAGACCAUCCCGGGAUCGCAGCUCCGCUCCCCUCGCACCGGAGCCAUGCGGGGGGGCGCGGCCGGGGACCCCCGCGGGCUCUGGGGGGCCGCCCCGGCGGGGACCCCCUUUGUCCCACCCAGGCCCCUGGCCGUGGGAUCGCCGCCGCUGCUGCUGCUGCCGCCGCCCGGGCCCGGGGCCGCCCCGCCGGGACCCCCGCCCGGCCCGGGAGAUUUGAUGGAGCUGAUGCUGAUUCAAGCCUCCCAAAUGCACCAGCUGCUGAUGCAUGGCCUGGCCGUGGCGGCUCUGAUGCCCCUGGGUGCGGGGCCAGCCCCAGCCCCUGCCCAGGCGCUGCCGGGGCCUUGGCAGGGCGAGGAGGAAGAGGAGGCCGUGGUUUUCCACCAUCACUACAUCCCCUGGCCCACGCCCGGCCCGGUCCCCGUGCGCUUCCUGCGCUCCUCGCCUCGCAGAGCUGUGCCCCCCCCGCCGCCCCCCAGUGCCACCGGGACAGUGGGACCCGGCGUCCCCCCAGCAGCGGAGUACUACAGCGCGGAGGAGCGGGGGCUGUGAGCUCUGCCCCCCUCGAUGCCCCAGUCCCAGAUGGAUGCUCUGCUCUUCCCGUGGUUUGUGGUGGUCCCAGGGCAGGGGUGUCCCAGCCCUGUCCCAGCCCUGUCCCAGCCCCGGUGCCAGCCAGACCCUGUGCCCCCCUGAGCCACCAGGCUGGGGUGGCACAGGCUGUGCUGUUUCCCGGGGUGGGCACAGACGAUGCUCCCAGCCUUCAUUAGUCCCUCCAGCUCUCGAUGCAGCCUUGCCUGUAAUUAAUUUGCUUUGUUAAGAGAGCACCCUGCUGUCGCUAAUUAAGCAUCUGUAAUUACA